CCCAAGACCAAUUACUAAUUGACGUGCUCAACAGCUUUAACCGACUUGACCUGCCUCCUUACAAGAAUAUGGAGAUGCUCCAAGGGAAGCUUACGAUUGCUGUGGAGGAGACCAUGGGCUUCGGCCAGGAGUAGACGACGAAGGUGUACCACUCUAGCGGGGAUGGCGAGGUCGAGCUCCCACCUGACAGCUGUGUAUUCUUCUGAGAGUCCGACCUCUCUCCCCACCCUCCUCUCGCUUACACGCACGAAACUGUUUUGGGUAAUUGCUUUGGUUGAAAGAGUGGAACAGACCUGGGUCGUUUGGCGCUGGUGGAUUGAUUGUCAUUCGAAAUGCGAUGCAAGAACUGUUUGUUUGUCUUUCUGUCGGCCACCCUCGCGGAUAAAAAACAAGAGACGGAAUCCUCGUCUCGUCUCUCCCCCUCCUGAUAAAGCACCCACGCACCACCCUCCAGAGAAAAAUGACUUUGCACCGUUAGAACUGUUCCGUCGAAUGCCUUGGCGGUCUUGUGGUAUUAUUACUCUUCGGCUUGGGGGCAUAUGCUGGGAGCUCUCGGGGCCGCGGCGAUCCUGCUUGACAAAAAGGCUGUAUUACGUAUCAUGUCGGGCAGGUGAGGCAAGGCCUAUUGUUCAAGCGGGCUCGGGUCGAUAAGACAGGAUUCCUACAAGAUUUGCAUUCCGGCAUACAUAUACACACAAGGACACUUUCUCUCUCUACUUUUCUUGAUGGUUGAAUUAGGUUGUGCUCAAUAUUAGAAGUGAUUGAUAGAUUAUGAUUGCCUCCGGUCUCAACAUCUCUAACUACGCCAUCGCCGAGCUCGUUAGGGCG